UGGCUACAAAACUAAACUUUAUUUUAUGAAAAAAGGUAUAGGAAGUACCUAAACUUCAUAACUAUAGAUUUUAAAAUGCCUGGUUGUGCGGCAAUUGGUUGCAAUAAUCGAAGUGAAAAGGGUUAUACAAUGAAGUGUUUUCCGCGUGACCCAGCUUUAAGAAACAUCUGGAAAAAAAGAGUAGGCCGAGCUGAUUGGGAACCAUCUAAUAAUUCUUUUCUAUGCCAUGUACACUUUGAACCAAAUCAAUGGGUAGUCACACCAAGUGGACGAAUUAAAUUAAAAAAAGGUGCUCUGCCAUCCAUAUUUACUGUGACCUCUACAAGAAAAUCUCCAAAAAAAAGGCAAAAAUUAGGAGUACAAUUAACGGAAGAAGAAGAAGAUUUAGAAGAAUAUGAAGUAGAAUAUUUAGAAAAUGAUUGUCCUUUUAUUUUCAAUAUGGAUAAUCAAAAAAUUGUGCCAAAUAUUAUAAAUGUACAAACUCAGAAUGCUUCAUCAGUCAGUGGACAAAUAUUGCAAAAUAUUAAAUUAGUAACAGGAGAUGCUUUAAAAGACUUACAAAAUGAGAAUAUUAUUAUCGUAGCUGAUGAAAAUAAUAGAGAAAUUGGAAAAAUAAUAAAUGAAAAUGGAUUUGUAUUAUUGGACAAUGAAAGAGGAAAAGAAAAUGUUCAAAUCUUUCCAAAAGUUGAUAAAGCAUCAACAUUAGGAAUAAAAGUUGAAAUCAAGGAAGAAGUAUCAGAAAAUGGUUUAAGUGCUCACGAUUAUGAUGAAAUAGAGAGAAAACUUAAAGAGAUAUGUAAUUCUGAAGAUGAAACUGAUAUUUCAAACAAUAAUAAAGAUUCUCCAAAAAAUGUAAAUAAUCGACCAAUAGAAACUGGAAAUACAUUUAAGUCAGAAGAUUUAAAACAUGUAGAUGAUUUAAAAAAAACGUCGAAUGACAAAACUGAAACUAAUGUAACAUCAACAAGAAUAGGAACAAAACGUAAACGAAAAAUUAAAGCAAAAUCCCCAAAUGAAGAAAAUCUAAAAACUAGUCAACACGCUUCUGGAAUAGAUAAGACACAAUUCACAGAGGAUGUCAGUGAUAUUAUAAAUGAUUUGGAAACCGAAAGUUCUAUAGAAUGUAUUUCAAAGCAAUCAAAAUACAUUUCAUCUAUCAUGACAUUAAACACCGAUAAAACAAAUAAUACAUGCAAGCCUAUAAUAAAAAAUGAUAUUCAAUUAAAAUUUAAAAAUGAUAUUGUUAUUAAUAAGCCUGUAAGUAAUAAAAAUAUUAAUUGUGAAAAUUCAAAUAGCUUUAAGCAUUCGAAUGAAUUGACGGCUAAAUUAAAUAUACAAGGAGAAGUAAUUGAAAAAUUAACAAAUCAGUUGAUUUUGUAUAAAGAUAUGGAUCGUAAAAUACGAGCCUUAACUCAAGAAUUACAAAAUAAAAAUAAUGAAAUUGAAAUGCUAAAUCGUAAAGUAGCUAUAAAAAGAUCACAAUUAGAAAGAAAAGCUCCUAAAAAUGAAAGUAUUGAUUUAAAAGAUGUAAAUGAAAUAGAUUUAAUAAAUAAACUUGAUUUUCUAGAAGAUACUAAUAAAAAACUUAUGAAAACUGUUACAUUAGAAGGUCAAAAUCGUAGAAAAUUGGAAUGUCAAAUUAAAAGUAGAGAUAAUCAAAUAAAAGAAUUGAAUUGGAAACUCGAAAAAGCUUCUAAAUUUCUGGAUCGAGCAGAAAAAAAUUCAAAUAAUUAUCGAAAAAAAAUGUUGAAUAUGCAAGCACUUAUUAGACGGAAAAAACUUUUAAAUGAAACAACUAGCAUAUUUGAUGAACUUCUUAUUUGUCAAUCUAAUCAGAACUUUUCAAAAAAUUCUUUGAAAAUAGCUUUAGAAAUAGAAAAGAUUUGUAGUACAGAAGGUUACCAAAAAUUAUUGAACUAUAAAUUUCCUUUACCAACUUUAAAAGAACUGAAUAGAAAUUAUCCUGAUAAAACUAACUAUUACAAAACAAAUGAAGAAAUUUCUUUGGAAAAUGGGAAAACGGAUACCAAUAUUGAAAUUGUAUCUACUGAUCAGAAAAUGGAAAAUAUUGAAUAUUUGGAUCCAGAAUUCCUAAACGAACCUGGUGAAACUGUGAUAGGAACUGUACAGGAUAUUUUUAAUGAAAAUAGUGAUAAUGAAGAUUUCAAUUUAAACGAGUUAAAAAAACAUAUCAUGAUCAACUUUGAUAGUACAACGUAGUUGGAGUUGUUCAAUAUGUUUUAUAAUAGAAAAAUCUUGUAUUAAAUAACGUCUUCAGACUCUGAUUAAAUAGAGCUUGUGUAUAAUUAUAUGUAAUCAGGUAAGAC